ACCACCCCGGCACCGCGGCCGUCCGGGACGGGCCAGCUGCCCGCUACGCGCCAGCUCCCACAUCCCUCGAGAAUCCGACAGGCGAAAAAACAGAGCGGCCUCAGGAGGUGGGAGCUCCCGGCUCAUCAGCAAUCCCGGCGUCCGCGAGCAGUGGAAAAGUGCCGAGUGAGAGGUUCCCGAUGGCAUCCGAAACUUCUGACGGGCUCACUGCAGCUCGGCCUCCGUGCAGGCCCGGUAGCAGAGCUAUCGGGGAAGCACCAGACAGAGUAGAAGUCGGAGAAAUCGGAGCCGUCACACGCGGGGAACGUGCCCCCGAACAAGCCCAGAAGUUGGAGAGCAACGCAGACUCUUCAGCGACACAUGGGGAGCGACGCCUGAAUCCGCGGGUUGAAGAAUUCCUUCUUCCAGGGUUGGACAAUAAGCCAGAAGUGAGCCAAGUGUGGCAAAUCGAGAUGCAACAGGCGCAACCGAUCCUACCAAACGGGUAUCACUUGGAGGUGAAACUUCUAAUCGUUAAAACAGAGGUAACGAGUGAUAUAUCAGACUGUAGCUAUGAAAUACACAAUUGGGUGGUUCUUUUGACCAAAGUCGAAACGGCAGCCAAAUACAACGGGGAAGGCGACACCAUUAGCACGACAAAUAGAGAUGUGCAAGUGAUUGUUACUGUUAAAGAUAACAAGGUCGACAGGGCAGUAACAAUCAAGCACCCACUGAAAGGAGGAGUCAGACUUGCAAAUGCUGACCAAAACACAACCGACGUAGGAGCUGAGGAUGUUGAUGUAGUGACAGGAGUUUUCCCACCGGGUUUCGGACGUGGCACCGGCACAGAGAAAACAGAACAGCUUGAAAACCCGCUCACUUUCCCAAAGAUGGAAACUGAAACGAAUCACAACAAAUUGACCGAAGCGCCGGUUAAUGGAAGCACUUUGGCCGAACGUAAUUCAAGGUCCGCGAUAAAAGCCGCAAAUGAAGCGGCCGGUGAAGUUCACGAAAGCGCCCGCGAGAUUCCAAAAGCGCUGCAAGCGGUGCCCUCCAAUGCCUCCGAGAAAGCCACAGCCAGCGACGCAGCAGAGGGCACCGGGAGCAGGGCUCCACAGUUGGGUGGCGCAGAGAGCGCACCAUUAUUAAGCUCCACGUCUCCGGAGCAGCGGCGCAGAGCGGUGCGGCGAGAACAGGUCGUAAAAACAGCCAUCGCGCCUCCGCCAAGUACGGCGGGGCGCGGCGGGCCUCCUGUUCAAAACGGGGAUCGCGCCAAACCGAGGCGAAACACGCAGCCAAAAUACGAGGAUGUGACAAACGAGGGGCCGAAGCUCAACGCGGGUGCCCACCGGGCAGAGGCAACCGCUCCGGCAGCCGAGAAUGUAACUCCCGAAGGCAAAUCUUCAAAAGACGACAUUAAAGACGUCUGCAUUGGCAUCCUUCACCGGGUGGACGACACAAACGUAGGGAGCAAACAGUCCAUUGCUGCCGGUGCUCGUGGCGCCGACCAGGAGAGUAAUUGGGGGGCAAUUGAAGUGGCAGAAUCUGGGACCCCUGCCAGUAAAGUCACGCAGAGGAGCAAACCUACUGUUGCAGUUGAGGAGGCAUCGCCAGCUUGUGGCGGUGUUCCAAAUAAAGCAUCGCACACGUCAAGCGAAGGAACGCACAGGCGUGAUGGAGAGAAAGCGCUGGGUGUGCUGGAAUCAAAAGAUAAAAUAGGGGUGCCAAAAACGGGCGAAAUUAAAGAAUCAGCCGAGCAGAAUUGCAAUAACGUAAUGAGAACUGACGACGAUGCCAUGGAAAGACGCAGCUUCGACGAAUCCAAACAGAUGGAGAAUGGUUCCAUUUCCAUUUCACCCGAGUCACCACCUUUUAAGACACCAAAGCAAUCAACCACAAUGCAGAGCGGUGUCCAAGUGGCAUUGCCCGAACUAGCCCCAAAACAAGAUGUCGCUCAGGGCAGUGAUGAAGUUAAAACCGAUAAAAGGGUCCCUUUGCUGUCAAACACCACUCUCACAGAGACCAAAGGCAACAUCUGGUCUGAGGAGGCUAUUUCCGAAGCCACCACAGAUGUGUCAGCCCAUGGAAUCACCCCGGCUGACGUCCAUUGCAGAGACACGGAAGCAAAACCCAAAAAAGGAUUCUUUUCAAUUUUCUCUUUUGAAAAAGAAAAAAAGUCACGUCAAACAGCGGCAACAAAUGCAGCCAAUAAUAAGCCAAACUCUACGAGCAAAAAUGAAUGUUCUGCAGCCACAGCUGCAGAAAGGAAUGCUGAAUUAAUGGCCAUAAAACCUGACGAGGAUGUGCAUGGGACGGCGGGAAAAGGUUUGAACUCGGUAGAUUUCACCGACACACAGCAGAACUCGUGCCACCCUGGAGUCCCGUUAGAAGCGGCCAACACACUGGCAUCAUCAGCUGGUGGUCCUGCAUUUUCUACGGAUAUUCCUACACAGAAAAGUCACGAAGAUUCCAUCGAUACAGCCAAGGAGCGUGAAGAAAAUGCAAAAGUCACCUCUGAUAACGUGAAGAGGCCUCUUCUGAUGGUGCUGCAGCUGAAAAAGAGAGCCCUGGAGGACUGA